CUCUGCUCCGCUCAGCACGGCCCGCCUCGCUGUGUGGGCCAGGUUUGCAUUGACACAGAGAACAAACGCAACAGGUUUUUCCUUCCUUUUCCCCCCUCUUUUCCUCCCUCUUACAUCCCCUUUUUCCUAUCGUUUUCCUCCUUUUUCUCCCCUCUCUUUUUCCUCUUCCCUCUCUUCCUCCCCGUUCUCCUCUGUCUUCCUCCCCUGUCUCUGUUCUUUUCCUGUUCUUUUCCCCGCUUUUCUCCUGCCUCUUCCUCCUCCUUCUCCCUUUUCCUUCCCUUUCUCGCACCAUUUCUUCACCCUUUCCUCUUCUUUCUCUCCCUUUUCCCUCCUCUUUCCCCUUGCUUUUCUUUCUCCAUCUCUGCUCUCCACCAAAACCACAGCAAUAUUUAGUGCCUGCCCUGAGGUUUGUUCCAAGGUUCUGGUGGUUUCAUGCAACUCUCUUGUAUGUGAUUUCUGUUCUUCAUUCCAGGCCCCCCCAAGGCAGUCCCUGCUCACAAUGUAUAGGACAAAAGUCAGUUUGAAAGACCGCCAGCAACUUUACAAAUUGAUAAUUAGCCAGCUGCUCUAUGAUGGAUACAUCAACAUUGCCAAUGGCUUGAUAAAUGAGAUCAAACCACAGUCUGUGUGUGCACCCUCUGAACAACUGCUGCACCUAAUUAAGUUAGGCAUGGAGAACGAUGACAGUGCCGUGCAGUACGCCAUCGGCCGCUCGGACACCGUGGCGCCGGGCACCGGCAUCGACCUGGAGUUCGAUGCUGACGUGCAGACCAUGUCCCCCGAGGCCUCUGAGUACGAGACCUGCUAUGUGACAUCCCACAAGGGACCCUGCAGAGUGGCCACCUACAGCAGGGACGGGCAGCUGAUAGCCACGGGCUCGGCCGACGCCUCCAUCAAAAUCCUGGACACCGAGAGGAUGCUGGCCAAGAGCGCCAUGCCCAUCGAGGUGAUGAUGAAUGAGACAGCCCAGCAGAACAUGGAGAACCACCCGGUGAUCCGCACUCUGUACGAUCACGUGGAUGAGGUGACGUGUCUGGCUUUCCACCCAACAGAACAGAUCCUGGCUUCUGGCUCAAGGGACUACACACUUAAAUUGUUUGAUUAUUCAAAACCUUCUGCCAAAAGAGCCUUCAAGUACAUCCAGGAAGCAGAGAUGUUACGCUCCAUUUCUUUCCACCCUUCUGGGGAUUUCAUCCUGGUGGGGACCCAGCACCCAACCCUUCGUCUGUACGACAUCAACACCUUCCAGUGCUUCGUGUCCUGCAACCCCCAGGACCAGCACACGGACGCCAUCUGCUCCGUCAACUACAACGCCAGCGCCAACAUGUACGUGACAGGCAGCAAGGAUGGCUGCAUCAAACUCUGGGAUGGGGUCUCCAACCGCUGCAUCACCACCUUUGAGAAGGCACACGAUGGAGCUGAAGUCUGUUCUGCUAUUUUUUCCAAAAAUUCCAAGUAUAUUUUGUCCAGUGGGAAAGACUCUGUGGCAAAGCUCUGGGAGAUAUCCACUGGGCGGACGCUGGUGAAGUACACAGGUGCGGGUCUGAGCGGGCGCCAGGUGCACAGGACCCAGGCUGUGUUCAACCACACGGAGGAUUACGUGCUGCUGCCCGACGAGAGGACCAUCAGCCUGUGCUGCUGGGACUCGCGCACGGCCGAGCGCAGGAACCUGCUGUCGCUGGGCCACAACAGCAUCGUGCGCUGCAUCGUGCACUCGCCCACCAACCCCGGCUUCAUGACCUGCAGCGACGACUACCGGGCCAGGUUCUGGUACAGGAGAUCCACCACGGACUGAGGCAGCUCUGCAGGGCUGGGUCACUUUGCAUUCUGUCACACCUGGCAGGAAAAUUGCAAAUAUCGAGACUUUGCACCCCACGCUAAUUUUUUUAUUAGCGUGCGCGGUUUGAUUUUUUGUAAGUCAUCUCUAAUUGUACUGAAGGGAGGGGGUGGAGGAUGAAGUGGUCCUGGCAGGAAGGGCUAAGCUUGUUCCCCUGCCUGGAAUCACACACAAGAUAACGGGACCGUGUCCUGCUCAGAAGGAGCCAGUUCUGCUCUGUGUUGUGUCUGUGCAAUCCCUCUGGACUCUGGCAGAGAAGAGAUCACACAAAGAGCAGCAGAACUUGGUGUAGAAACUUUAACAAAGCCUUAAGCUGCCUUCAGCCACAAUUCAUUAUUUGUAAAGCUCUGGUUUGUAUCCUUCAGUCUGGGGUUUUGGUGAAUUCUUUUGUGUUUUUUGUUUCUUGGCCGAGUAGGCCUGCAGUUCUGAGUUGUGCCAUAAGAAUUCAAACAAGAUUUUCAGUUGUUUAGAUGAAUUCAAGAAAUGGUCUUCUAGUUCUCGUGUUAAAGUCAGACUUCAUCUCAUCCUCUUCUGAAUUUAUCUUAACAAGUGGGACCUCAAAGUGAAUUCCUAAUAGUUUUAAGGAAUAUCCACAUUGCAAUUAAAAUGUGACAGUGCUGCUUCAAGUGAAAAUAAUUUUGCCUUAGAGACCUUUAAUAUCCUCUCAAAGAAAGAAACCUGUGCAUCUGAAUUUUUGUAUGUGUACCUCAGAAAUGUCACUGUUUUCAUUUGACCGAGAAAUCUUCAUCUGUGUCUUACACAGCACUUCAAUCACAUUCUUUUUUAAUUAGUCACAAACCCAGUGCCCAUUGUUGAGAAACUGUGCUUAAAACUUCUCCAAGUUGGAAAAUUCACUACUUAUUCUCCCAGAGAUCUGCCUGAGCAGAGCCUUAAAUUUGGGUUUUUUUGAGGCCUCCUGGUGCAGAGCUCCUGGGCAUCACAGCUGGGCCAGAGCUCAGCACUUGCCUUGGUGAGGGUUUUGAAAUUGAGCUGGUUCCUGCUGCUGGAUUAACUUCCAUUAUUACACAGAGGAAUUGUCAAGGGCUGGUGAGGGUACAGGUUUUGUCUGUAUUUAAAUAAAGAUUGCCUUUUAAAAAGCUCUUUGAUACAUAAA